AGCGUCUAGCAGCCCGCUCUGUACACCAAGAUCUCAGAGUAUUUCUGCUGGGCCUCCGCGCGGUGCCGCGGUAGAACCGUGAUUACGGUCUUCGGUCUUCCGAGCCCAGCCACCGCUCUCCGCUGGGGGCGGGGUGGGUCCCAGCCGCCGCUCUUUGAUGGGGGCGGGGGGGCGUCACAGCCGCCGCUGUCUGCGUGGGGCCCACCCAACCGGCGUCUUACUUUAGGAGCCCUCCCAUGGCUUCCCAGGAUAGGGUAAAGGCAGUGACCAAAGGAACGGGGUUCUGUCGCUGCCCCAAGCAGACCACUUACACCCCUGGAACCUGCGAGCUCCUCAGAGUGAUGAUGAAGGAAUCCAAACUGACUAAGUUCCAACAGCGACACAUCAUGGACACCAUGAAAAGAGGAGACGCUCUGCCCCUGUACUGCAGCCCAACAUCCAGCCAGAGGGUCUUGCCUUCCAAGCAGCCGGCCUCAGCCGUCUACCUGCCUCCCAUCCUGACGGCCCGGUCCCAGCUCCGACCUGCCAGCAUGUGCCAGGCCAACGGGGCCUACAACCGGGAGCAGUUCAAACCUCGACCCACCAGAGAUCUGGAGAAGGAGAAGCGAAGACUCCAGAACAUCUUUGCCACGGGGAAGGAUAAGGAGGAACGGAAAAAGAAGCCCCGUGCUGUGCAGCGGAAGGACCCAGCUCCCGAGCUGGACCGGUUUGAAGAGCUGGUCAAGGAAAUCCAGGAGAGGAAAGAAUUCCUGGCUGAGAUGGAGGCCCUGGGACGGGCCAGACAGUACCGAGGGAUCAUCCUCACGGAAAUCUCCCAGAAACUACGGGAAAUGGAAGACAUCGACCACCAGAGGAGCAAGGAACUGAGGAAGGCUCUGGCCACCGCCUGAUCUGUCUCCAGGGGGCGGAGUAGCCCAGCCUUGACCACUGGAGCCCACCUCAUUGCCAAGCAGGGUCAUCCCAGGUCAGCCCACCCACUCAGGCCUCCAGCCAUGUCAAAUGGUCAUACAGCACUGCCCUGGCCUAGGGUACGGGGUACCCGGGCAUACACAGCACCCUAUAAAAUGGACAUCAGAGAAUGAGUUGAUUCUUCCCGAGACUGCACCCAGGGGUCCUGGGUCAGCUGUGCCUCUUGAGACCCAGUCUCUCUCUCUCUCUCUCUCUCUCUCUCUCUCUCUCUCACACACACACACACACACACACACACACACACACACACGGCUUUGAAUCUUCCUUUGGGGAAAGAGCCCCAUUCAGAGUGAAGGCAAGGCCGGUCUCCCCAUCGUGGGCGGACGUCUUGGCCGCCAACAGGCCCGCGUCCCACCACCUGCAGCGCGGGGUGUCCCUCGGUUAGUGUCUGAACUCAGGAACGAGCAUGGCUCCUUCCGUCCUGCCUGCCUCAGGGCCGCUUCUUUGACUUCGUACAGCCUUAGGCAAAUGUUUAACCACGACGACCGAUUGGCCAAUAAAACACAUUUGACGCAGGUCAUUACACAUUA